ACUGCUUGCGGCAUAGGUGUUAUCAGUUUUCAUUCUAUUAUUAAACAAACAAUUACUAUUUUUAUAAAGGAAUCUUAAACCUUUAUCAUUAUUUUACAUAUUGUUCAAUUUGUGCAUUGUUAUUUAAUUUAAAGUUAAAUAAUUUCGCUACGCGUUGACUUCAGUGUAUUCAAAAUUAAAAUGUUAGAGUAACAAAUAAAAAGCAAAGGUAGCUUGCUAAAAGGCGUCUAUAUUUUGCUAGACACUUAUUAUUUUAUAAUACACCUACAUAUGUGGAACAAAAUAUGAAAGAUAUGAAUUCGUCUAUACAAAACACCGCUUCUGACUUAAUAAAAUUAGCAAGAAAAUUCAACUGUUUCUAUUUAGGAGGUUUGCAUCGAGGAACAUGUAAACCAUUUCUAGUGGCUGGUCACCAAGUGGGUCUAAUUAGACCAAACGUGAUGAAAUAUCUACAGAGAUUUCCUGAGGUAUUUAAUAUAACUGAUAAACAUGUGGAAUUGAAUCCAGCCUUCCGAGACUAUAAACAAAGGACAAUGAGAGUUGCAGAGGUAUUGCAAAAUUUAAGAGUGGAAAAUGAAAUUUGUGCCCUCAAAGGUUGGCGUGAUGAGUGUUUCGAAGUAAGUACGCCAUUCUAUCACGAAAGCUUAUUGGAAAUGGACCGGAGUGCUAUUUGUUUAUUUGGAAUUAGAAAUUAUGGCGUUAGUGUUACUGGCUAUCUAUAUCAUCCUACCAAAGGUUUAUGCAUUUGGUUGCAACAACGAAGCUUCACAAAACAAACUUGGCCUGGCAAAUGGGAUUGUUUUGUGAGUGGAGGACUUGCUGUAGGCUAUGGAAUACUGGAAACCACAAUCAAAGAAGCUGCAGAGGAAGCGUCUGUAGAAGGAGAAUUAGUAAAAAAAUUGGUUCCAGCUGGAUGUGUUAGCUUUUAUUUUGAAAGUGAAAGGGGAUUAUUUCCAAAUACCGAAUAUGUGUACGACCUUGAAUUGCCAUUGGAUUUUGCACCUCGCAAUGCUGACGGGGAAGUGGAAUGUUUUGAAUUGCUAACUGCAGAAGAAUGUAUACAACGGGCACUGUCACCUCAAUUUAAAACUACUAGCGCUCCAGUAUUACUUGACUUCUUGAUACGAAGGGGAUACAUAAAUCCUGAGAAUGAGCCGAACUACCGCUACCUGGUGGAGUUGCUUCAUGUUCCCCUGCAGUCCAUCUAUAAUUGGCCAUAUACAGCAGUAGCGACAUUAAAUGGGGAAGCCGACGAUAUACGUACAGUGAAUUAGUCCCUUCUGUUGUAUGUUAUUUAAAAUAUUAUAUACUCCAUAAAUACAACGAAUUUUUGACAAAAAAAAUGACAAAAUAAUCCAGUCGGUUUAGAUUACUCAUUACUAUAAGCAAUGAAUUCAAAAUAUAUAUUUGUAAUAGUACUAAUUGUAUGAUUUCGAAUUAUUUAUUAAUAUGGUCUUAUUUCCAGCGUGAUCACAUAGGUAAUGUAAGUUACCAAAUCUAGUUUUUUCGAGGUCGUACUCACUGUCAACACUGACCAAAACCUAAUAUUUGAAAAGUUCAUGAUAGUUUUAGGUAGGUACGGUUAAUUUCUGUGAUACUUUACCAGUGUGGUAUAAGACAUUGUAUAAUAUUAUUUAAUUGAAGAAUGUCACGAUGAAUACUUAACUUCCUGAAGGAAUCUUUAUUGUAUUUUUUAAUUUUUAAAUAGAAUAUAUAAUGGAAUUAUGUACUCAUUUUAUGUUAAUUUCACACAAGCCUUCAGGAUAAUUGUGUACCAGUUCGUAUUACAAAUAUGUUUAUGUCUAAGUUCUACUUUCAUACAGAUUAUGUAGUACCCUGUAUUUUUAUAUUAUGGCAAUACUUAAUGAAACUUAUAAGGUUAACCCAAAUUUAAUAUUGCUUCAUUUGUUGGUAGCAUCAUAUUUAGCGAUUUAAUGUAUUUUACUUACAUCCUAAUAUAUACUUUGACACUUAAACUUCCCGUUUGGAUAAAAAUAUUCAAUAUUAUUAAUAUUAAUGAAUCACUCAAUAAAUUAUUCAUAAAUCACAUGUGUGUAUAUGGUAUGUUGAUAUUUAUAAAUAUACUGUAAUCUGUUUUAGGUUAAAUGCUUAAACUGU